AUGGCCGACAAGCCGAUUCACUACGAUGAUAUCGAGGGGGUAGAAGACCUCUUCCAGUACAAGGCUGAUGGCUUUCACCCUGUGGUUCCUGGUGUAACUUUCGAUAACGACAGAUACACGAUCACCAACAAGCUUGGCCAUGGUUCUUACUCUACAGUCUGGAUUGCUAAAGACCAAGUGAGCAAUCGAUUCGUCGCUCUCAAGAUUCAACGCGCAGAUGUUUCGUUGGUGCAUGCGGAAUGGAAGCUUGUUCAACGACUACAAGAUAAGCACGACAAUAUCGAGGGUGCUGACCAAGGCAGAAAGUUUCUUGUUCUGCCAGAAGAUAGUUUCGAGAUAGUUGGAAUUAAUGAUCUUCACUCUGGAAAUAUCUUCUUGAAACUCCCGAAGAUGACUACAUCAGAAAUGAUGGACAAAUUCGGCAGCCCAGUCCUAGAGGAUGUUGAACGACUUGAUGGGAAACCAUUAACAGCACAUGUGCCUUCGACAGCUACUGUGGCUGUCGAUUACCCGGACGCCAGUCAGUUUUCGGGCGAUAUUGUGAUAGGAGAUUUCGGAAGUGCAUUUUCUACAUCGCCUACUACAACUACCCUCGAGAGUCCUGUUGUUUUCAACGUUCGCAUUACCAACGCAGCACCAGAAGUACUUGUUCGUUGUGAGGAAAUUCCCAUCGGUUUACCAUCCGAUAUAUGGUCACUAGGAUGCCUUAUCGUAUUCUUACUAUCCGGGAAAGAGUUGUUUGAGGAUUGGUUCGCGAGCGAGAAAUCUAUCACUGCGGAUAUAGUGAAGCUUCUCGGUUCAUCCCCGCCAAGUUUCGUACGGGCGUGGGAGAGCAAAAACGUGAUUCUAAAGUCUCCCGCCGAAGGAACGCAUGAUGCUCUUGAAAAUAGACUCGAAGAACUGUUGAGUAUGCAAGAUAGUAAAAUAAACCGGAUGGAUGUGGAGGAACGCGGGAUGAUCAUCGACUUGCUUAAGCGGAUUUUCAGGUGGGAAGAUCAGGAGCGGCCGAGUAUAGAUGAGGUGAAAAGUCACGCUUGGAGUCAGGGAGCACAGCAAUAG